AUGGCAUCAGAAGACUCAUUAGAGUGGAAAUACAUACCUGUCAAUGGGAUUUUAGUUGAUCAAAAAUCAAAUUAAGUAAUAUUGGAGUUGAAAUCUGAAGAUUCUAAAUGGCCAAAAGAUUUAUUUACAGUCUCUAUUUCUCAAUAGAAAGAGUUCAUGUCUGAUCCUGAACUUGGAUGGAAUUGGCAUAAAUCAUGGAACCUACCAGACAUAAAUUAUACAAUAAAUGUACUGAUUAAUCAUGUAUUAAGUUUAAAAAUAAUGAUACUACAAUGAAAGAGUUUAGAGGGGGAAUUUUAGAAGUGUAAAUGUUUGUCAUCAAAAAGGGAUUGAUUGCAAACCAAUAUAUAAGUUUAGGAUUAAGAGGAAAUGCAAAAUUGGCAUUGUUUGAACCUUCUAUAACAUUUAGUGGGUUGAAAUUUGGAACUACAUCCUAUAAUAACAAAGUAAUUAUGAAAAUUAAUUUUAAGUAUUCUAAGUUUAACUUCAUAUUCGUAUUAUCUUAUUCAAAAAAUGAUGAAGUUUAAAUAUUAGAUUCUUAAAUAUCAUCAGAUGUAUUCGUUGACUCAAGAAAUAGAACUGAUAAUAAAAAUAAGGAAAUUUCUUAAGAAAUAUUUUUAGAUCUAUUUCCACCAUCUUUAAUUGAUUAAAUAUUUUAUAAAAGAGAAAAUGACAAAUAAAACUCAUAAUUUAAUAAGAUUGAUAACUCACUUCAAGGUUUUGUUAAUUAUUAUACCUCUGCAAAUAUUAGAAACAAAAUUAAACAUCCACUUUUUAUGGCAAUGAAGUUUCCUAAAUGUAUUCGCUUAUUUAUUAACUCUAAUUUUAUAAAAAAAUAAGAGAGUAUAUUAAUGCAAGUUUUGUCCCACUUAAAUUAAGUCAAACAGUAAUUAAGCCAGUCAAAAGAGAUAAAACUUUUAGUAAAAAUUGAAAAUUCUAAUUAAAAAAUAUUAAAGAAAGUAAAUUUUUAUAUAAUUUAUAGGCUCUUGAUAUAAUUAAAUAGUUGGAGAAUAAUUAUUAUGAAAUCUACACUGAAAGGACUAACUUCCCUUCAAAUACAAUAGAAAUAACAGAUAUCUACUCUUUAAUAAAAGAAUACAAAAGAAAAUACUAAUAAUUUAUUGAUCAUACUGAAGAAAAUAAAUAAAUUUAAAAUAUCAAUUCUUCUAAAACCUAAAAGAGCAAACUGAAAUAAAUUUAGAAAAAUGAAAACUAAACUUCAUUUCAUAAUGAUUCUAAUUAUUCUUUAAUCGAUUCUAUUUAACCAAUAUCUGGACAGAUUUCUCAAAUAUCUUAAAAUAAUUAAGCAAAUUUGGAUGAACAAAACAAAAAUAUAUAGAUUAAUAAUUAAUAAUAAGUAAAGGAAGAGAAAGAUAAUGAAUAUCAGCCAUCAGAUUAAUAAGAAAAUAAAGUAGUUUAAAAAAAUAAGUAAAUUUAUAUAAAUAUUUAAUAGAAAUUAGAGUAGUAAGUCUUAUGUAGAUCCCAAUUCUUUGAAUAAUUAAUUUCAAUCUCAUGAAGUAAUAUAAUCUUUAUGUUUAGAUAUUUAAUCAAUACUCUACAUCUUUAUAUUACAAUUUAAAUCAAUAAAACCAUUAUAAUUAUAAUUAAUUCAUCUAGUACUAUCAUAACAACUAAAAAUUUGGAAACUUUAAUUUGUUUUAUCCAUAUUAUUAUCACCAAUAUCAACCAAAAAAGGAAUGA